UCUAAAAUAUGUCCAAAAAAAUGUCUUAAAAUAAAUGAAUAUGACAAUGUAACAUUGAUGUAUGCAAAACAUGAGAAAAUUCCAAUGAAAGAUUUUGGAUCGGAAAUUAGAGCCACAAUGGAUAUUGAUCAUUUGCUCAAUAAGUCCGUAUUGUUGCUCGAUCUUCAGGAAACGUCACUUGAGGAAAUAUUCGCUAAAAUUAUCCAUGAGAUGGACAUUCAAGAACCCGAAUUUACAAGUGAACAGGUUCGAUCAGUUUUGUUCACUCAAGAUGCUGGAAAUCAAUUUCAUAUCUUGAGUCGAACAGUUCAAAGUAUUUGUACAACUGGUGCAACUGGUGGGACGUUCGAUUAUGAUCAAACGUGGAUUUGUGCUUUAUGUAUGUUAAACACAGUACAACAUCGGCAUGUCGCUAUCGCUAGGCUUAGCCAUCCAACUAACCUUGGCCGGACUAUGCAAGAUUUACGAUUCAUUAUAAUUGUUAUUGCCCCAUCUCGUGCCAAGGGAACGAAAACAGCUUUGGAAACAACAAGAACAUUCGCAACGCUUUUUGCAGAUAUGGAUAUAAGACAAAGGCUUGUUAUGGCACAGAAUGUCGAACAAUUCAGGUCAACAUUGCUGUCAGCUGCAAAGGAAUUAGCAGUGGAUCAAAAUCAAUGGAGGGAACGAAAGACAUCGAUUCACUUUAGUCAAGCGAAAGAACAGUUGUUUGGACCUGGAUCAUGGUACCCAUUUCGAGGAUUAAAAAAUGAUUUUCUAAGGCGGUUGAAAUAUUAUGGAUCAGAUUAUUUAGAUGGUGUACGUGGUCCAAAAACAAUACAAAAAUUAUUCAGUUCAAUAGUUUUCUUAUAUUUUGCAUGUCUUCUACCUGCAAUAGCUUUCGGCGUACUCAAUGAUGAUAAUACUGAAGGAAAUAUAAAUGUCCGUAAAGUAAUAAUUGCUCAAGCACUUGGCGGGAUUUUUUUUGCAAUACUCGGUGGCCAGCCAAUGAUUAUUUUGCUCACAACAGUUCCUCUCGCAAUUUAUAUAAAAGUGAUUUACAAAAUAUCAGAAGAACUUGGUUAUGAUUUUUUUGCAAUGUAUGCUUGUGUCGGCUUGUGGUGUCAAUUUUUCCUCAUAAUUUAUGCAUCUACUGAAAUGUGCAGUCUUAUGAAACUGGCUACCAGGUCUGCUGAAGAAAUGUUUUCGUUAUUCAUUGCAAUAGCAUUUACAGUGGAAAGUAUAAGGGCGCUUCAUACGAGUUUCAUGAAUAAUUACCAUAAUUGUGAUGAAAAUAGUACGAGGAAAAAAUCGGAUGAUAAUCCAUUCAAUGAUUUACGCGCAAAUAUCGUACCAUUCUUUGCAGCUGUCGUUGAUAAUAUAAAUACAUCAACGAAUCCUGUUUAUUUGCAUCCAUGUCAUCGUGACACUUCUAUCUUAUAUAUGUUGCUAAUGUUUGGAACCCUAUGGUUGGGAUUGUUUUUAUAUAACUUCAGGAAGACACCUUAUCUUACUCGCUCUCGAAGAGAAUGGUUAGCUGAUUAUGCAUUACCAGCUUCUGUUCUUAUUAUGUCAUUUACGGGUGCAUACUGCUUCUUUGAUAUUGAAAAAGACAAAUUCAAGAUGCGCGAAAAUGUAGCAACGUUUGCAAUUGCUCCGAUUUUUUCGCUACCCUGGCAGGGCUAUUUCGUCUGUUUACUUUUGGGUUUUUCAUUGUCAUUUCUUUUUUUUAUGGACCAAAAUAUUGCCUCUGCUAUUGUAAAUAAUUCACAGAAUAAGUUAAAAAAGGGUACAGCUCAAAACCUCGACCUACUUGUAGUUGCAGUUUUGAAUAGUUUUUUAUCGGUGAUGGGAUUACCUUGGAUGCAUGGAGCACUUCCACAUUCACCUCUUCAUUUGCGGGCUUUAGCUGAUGUUGAAGAGCGAGUUCUUCAGGGACAUGUUCAUGAAGUGAUAAUGAAUGUUCGUGAAACAAGACUUGCUACGCUUAUAGCUCAUAUUUUAAUACUUAUUUCCUGUUAUACCCUUCUACCUUAUCCAUUGCGAUGGAUACCGACAUCAGUAUUACAUGGCCUUUUUUUAUAUAUGGCAUUAACUUCAUUAGCAGGUAAUGAAAUGGUUGAACGAAUGCUACUGCUUAUCACCGAACAGCAAGCUUAUCCUCCAACACAUUAUAUCCGAAAGGUACCGCAACGCAAGGUUCAUCUUUUCACUGGCUGUCAACUAUUGCAACUUGUUAUCCUUUGUGCAUUCGGUUUCUCCCCGCAUCCUUUUAUUGAAAUGGUUUUUCCGAUUGUUUGUUUUUUCUUUCUCCCAAUAAGACAUUUAUUAAUUCCGCGUUUAAUUGACUAUAAAUAUUUGGAUGCACUUGAUGGAAGGCAUUGA